AGCAUGAAAGAAGAUACAAUUUGAAUGCAUAUAUGAGAUUCGAAUUUUAAGUGGCGGGAACAUUUCUGAAUUAUAUUACGUACAAGCACUUUUGUUUUAAUUUACAAUUAAACGAAGUCUUAUUUAAUGAUUACAUCGAAUUAAGUUUAAAGAAAAUCAUGAAGUGCGUCAUACCUGGGGGAAAUGUGAAAAGUAUAUCUAAAAUGAAUAUUUUACCUAGUUGUAGCAAAAGCCAUCCAUGCUCUAGCGAAGAUUGGAGAUGAAAUGUAUGUACAACCUCAACCAAAUAGCUUAUCCUUUCGUGCAAUUAACAUGGCCAAUUCUGCAUACGCUGACUUUACUUUUUUUGAGAAUUACUUUUCGUAUUAUGUAUUCGACGAUCUUGAGGAAGACGAUGCUCUUAAGUGUAAAAUUUCUAUGAGGGUAAUAUAUUGUAAAAAGCGCUAUGACAGUCUUCAAAACACCAAAUAUGAUAGAUAAACAAGUAGAAACCUGUCAUAUUGAGUUAAAGCCAAAUGCAGAUUUUCUUUUUAUUACUUUAAAAUAUAAAAAUAGCAUCAUAAAGAAACAUAUUUUGCCGAUCAUAGAUAGUGAAAAAUUACAAGCUACAUAUAUCAAAGAUAGUGCGACCAAUCAAUUAUCCGCGCAAUCUGUUAUACUUGGAGAUGCUAUACAAAAUUUCCAACAAAAUUUAAUUGAAAUCACUCUUGAAAUUCUACCACAAAAAGUUUUGCUUAGAAAUUAUAUAGAUGAUACGUCUAACAUAGCUAAUGUAACAAGGACACAGUUGGUACUAGGUAGAGGUGAAUUUGAUCGAUAUUCAGUUAAUACAGAGACAACGAUUACAUUUUGUAUGAAAGAGUUGAAAGCAAUUCUUAAUUUUGCUGAAUUUGUUAAAUUACCAAUUAAUAUGUAUUUAGAAAGCGCAGGAAAACCUGCUGUGUUUGUAUUAAAAAAUUCAACUUUGGAAGUAAAUUUGGUAUUGUCUACUUUAAAUACUGAGAUUGAUAGCCAGUCUGAGACAACUGUUACUGAGAAAGCAGUCAAGCCUAUACGAAAGAGGGCUACAGUUAAAAGAUCAACGAAACGAUCAUCUAAAUCUUCAAAUAGAACAAAUAAUACAUCUUUUUCUAAUACUACAAUUAUAUCGAAGCAAAAGAAAUCAAGUGACAUCAAAAUAGGAAAAGAAGUGACAAAUAAUGAUGCUCGUGUAUCAUCGAAAGAACAUAAUCAAAAUGAUAUUGUAACGGAUGCGAAUACAUCGAGUACAAAUGAUAUAUUCUCAAAACCUAAUGUAUCUAAUAAUGAAAAGAAAUUAGCACAUAAUAUAUUUUCAAACAUAUUAAAAAGAAAGUCUGGUGAAGGUUGUACAAAAUAUCUGGAUAAUGUCGCUGGAGAAAAGAACAAUGAUGAGUUAGAAAAUACUGUGCCUAAAUCACCAUCUCCUCCGUCUAAGAAAGCACGCUUUAUCUUCAGAAAAUGUUUUCAAACAACAUUUGAUCCACGAAUGUUGCCUGGUCAUGAUACUAUUCUAGUUGAAGAUUCAGAUGAAAACAGCGAAUGACUUCGUUAUUUAUUUAAAAUAUUCUUAUAAACUUUUGUCGGAUUAAAAAAUAUUUAUUUGGAAA